CGGGGCGCGCGGCGGCGCGGGGGGGGGCGUUAAAGGCGCCGUGCGGGGCGGGCGAGCGGCGCGGCCAUGGCGUACCAGGGCUUCGCGCAGGAGUACCUGGGCAUGCCCGCCGUGACCCGCGCAUACACCACCGCCUGCGUGCUCACCACCGCCGCCGUGCAGCUGGAGUUCAUCACCCCCUUCCAGCUGUACUUCAACCCCGACCUCAUCUUCAGGAAGUUCCAGAUAUGGAGGCUGAUCACCAACUUCCUCUUUUUUGGGCCCCUGGGAUUCAGUUUCUUUUUCAACAUGAUAUUUCUAUACAGGUACUGCCGCAUGCUAGAAGAGGGCUCCUUCCGAGGGAGGACGGCUGACUUUGUCUUCAUGUUCCUCUUCGGAGGCUUUCUCAUGACACUGUUUGGACUCUUUGCCAGCCUGUUUUUCCUGGGCCAGGCCUUCACCAUCAUGCUGGUGUACGUGUGGAGCCGCAGGAACCCGUACAUCCGCAUGAACUUCUUUGGGCUUCUUAACUUCCAAGCCCCCUUCCUGCCCUGGGUCCUGAUGGGAUUCUCUCUGCUCCUGGGCAACUCCAUCAUCAUCGAUUUGCUGGGGAUUGCAGUGGGUCAUAUCUAUUAUUUCUUGGAAGAUGUUUUCCCCAAUCAGCCUGGAGGAAAGAAGUUGCUGUUAACCCCUGGCUUUCUGAAGAUGGUUUUUGACACACCUGAAGAGGAUCCCAAUUACAACCCUCUCCCCGAGGAUCAUCCAGAGCACCAGCCUGGAGACCGUGACCAGAAUGAGCAGCAGCAUCCACAGUAACACAGGGGACUUCUUCAUGUGGCCAGGUUCCUCUCCUCUGGCUGGACUUUGGCUGUGGCCCAGAGAUCCCACUGGAAUAACACCAGUUGCCAUUCCGCUGUGUCGUGUGUCGCUGUUUGUGUGGGUGACCCAUCCUCCCCUUGUACAAAGUGGAUCCACAGAGCUUUGCACAGACUCCUGGGUGCUUACAGAGGUGUUCCAGGGACUGAAGCUGGGGCAGCUCCUCAGUUACUUGGUGUGCAAUAAGUAUCAGGUGGGGUGUUAAACCAGUUCCUCCUCCUCCUGCUGCUGUUAGUGACUUCUGUGUGCCAGGUCUCUCUUGCCCCCUGUACAAACUAAUGCACCUGGCCCUCACUGUUGUGAGACCUCUGUGUGGGCUUUCAAUGAAGUAGUUCUGUAUCAUGGUAGAAUGCAGCUCAGCCUCUUUCUUUCUUUUAUGUCCCCCACUCCUUUUCUGGUGGUUGUUUCCAAAGAGUCUUUACAUUAAAGUCUUUAUUUUUCA